AUGGACGUGUGGGAGAAGCUCACUGCGCUCAUCGCCCGCUGGCAGCGACGACCACUCCAGUAUUUGGGUCUUCUGCACAACGCGACCAUCUGCAUGCAGGCGCUGACGGAGAUGAGGAUCAAGAAGGAGUGGAAGAAGAUACUCGGGGCUCUGUCGAGGGACGAUCGCAUGCUCUCCGGAAGCGAUAGCGACGACCAGCGCGACGAGAUGGAGGAAUCCAGCAGCAGCAGUAGUGGUAGUAGUUGCACCAGUAGUAGCAGCAGCAGCGGUGGGAGAGGCGGAGAACCUCCAGAAGAAGAAGAAGACGACGAGGGAGACUCUGAGCGACGAAGGAAGCGAAACGGCAGCGUCAAGCGCGAGAUCGACAUCGAGGAGGGCGCCGUCUUGAUAGCGUCUUGGGAACACACGACUGAUCUCAACGUGCGGCGGAAGGUGUACAGAGAGUUGGACGAGAUCGCCGGCACUGUGCGACAGCGACUCGCGCAGAGCGCGGCGGUGGACGGGGAGGAGGGGACGGCGGUGGUGGCGCGCGGGAAGGAGAUCGAGGGAGUGGACGAAGGCAGGAUUUUGAGCGAGGUCAACACCACCCUGUACGACUACCUCGGGUUCACCGGCAACGUCAACGACUAUAUGAAUCCGAACAACAGCCUCAUCGACCAAGUGCUGGAGAAGAGGAUGGGCAUUCCAAUCACUCUGGCUUUGGUAUACGCCGCGGUCUGUCGGCGGCUCGGUAUUCGAAUCGACAUGAUCGGCAUGCCUGGCCACUUCAUGGUCAAAUACACGAACCCAGCCGGGGGAGAGAUUUUUAUCGACGCCUUCGCCGAGGGGCGCCACCUGACGCCAGACGUACUGCUCCUCUUCCCACAAAACUCUCACAAUUAA